GCGGGCAACAGCAGGCAGCCGCAGGUAGCGCCGAUUCCGGUGGAUGAUGAUGACGGCAUCGAAGAAGACGAAGAUGAAGAUGAGAACACGCUGAACCAACAUAGGAAGGUAUACAAUUUUCUUUGAAAUUCUGCUCACACCAUUUCUUUGAAACAGAGAGAUUUAGGCUGUUUACUUAUGCAUAUUUCUUUUAGAGGCCAAAAAGCAAGGCUAAUUGGACCGACGAAAAUACGUACAUUUUGUGUGAGUUAGCUUGUGAGGAGAUAGAUGAUGGCAAUUUUACUGCUAAAGUUUGGACCAGUCAGGGUUACAAAAAUAUGAAGGAGAAAUAUUAUCAAAAGACAAAAUUGUGGCAUCCAGGGAGGGAAGUGAAGAAAAAAAUCCAGAACCUGAAGGGUGUGUACAAUGAUUGGGUAUGGUUGCAGCAACAAACCGGAUGCGGCCGCGGCGAACAUGGAGAAGUUACGGCAACUACAGCUUGGUGGGAGAGGGAGAUCAAGAGUAGACCAAAUCUCAAGAAAUUUAGAAAGGGUAACCCUGAGUACAUUGGACUGUUGCAUGAGAUGUUUCAUGAGGUAGCUGUGGAUGGUACUUCUGCUUACGUACCUGGGCCACCACGAGAUCCUGAAUUCAGAGUUGUGCAUGAAAGGUUAAGAAAUGCUCAGUGGCAUCCAUGGUUCAAUGACAGCAUUGGGGCAAUAGAUGGGACUCAUGUGCAAGUUGUGGUGCCACCUACCAAGAUUCCGCAGUACUUAAACAGACAUGGCUACUGUAGUCAGAAUGUUAUGGCUGUAUGUGAUUUCGACAUGAGAUUCACUUUCGUUCUUGCUGGGUGGCCUGGAUCGGUUCAUGAUAUGAGGCCCUUCAAGGAUGCCCUUAGCCGGUUUAGUCACAAGUUUCCUCAUCCACCUCCAGGAAAAUUUUAUCUUGUUGACUCGGGCUACCCCAACAAGGCGGAUUAUCUUGCACCAUAUAGGGGACAGAAGUACCAUUUCCAAGAGUUCCAUCAAGGCACCAUGCCGAGAGGUAAAAAAGAGCACUUCAACUACACCCAUUCUAGACUACGCAAUGUCAUUGAGCGUUCUUUUGGAGUCUUGAAAAAUAAGUGGAGGAUCCUUUUUAAAAUACAAAGUUAUCCUCUACACAAGCAAACAAAAAUUAUUGUUGCAUGUAUGGCCUUGCACAAUUUUAUCCGCGAAAGUCAGUUGGCGGAUAAAGAAUUCGACAGGUGUGAUAGAGAUGAGAAUUAUCAACCUCUCCUUGAGGAAACAAGGAGGAGGCGUCGUAACAGGAGGGAUCUAGAAAUGGAGCAAGAUUCGGUCGACAUGAAUCAAUUGAGAGAUAGAAUUGCUGAUGGUUUGUUCCAGGGCCAUUGAGAUCAGUGUCAUGUUAUUUAUUUUCUUGUGCAUGGACAAUACUAAUUUCCUUAUGUAUGGACAAUUUUACUUUACUUGUAUGGACAAUUUUUAUCUUGUGUA